AUGACCAGUAGGAAGGUCGGAACGCCACUCCUCGCAGAUACCCGCUGGACUGGCGGCUGGAAAGGAGCCAACCACCGCACAGACUUCAAGGUACAAGACUUUCCACCCCCUGUAUUUGUCGCACCAUCAACCGCCGGCACACAAACUACUUGGGGAUUGGCUGUCGUUAUAGCCGCCUAG